CACUCUCUCACCCCCGCACGAAAACCCCCUUGGUCAGCCUUUCAGUUCCAUCGCAUUGCGCUGCAAAUUACAUACGUCGACCCACGCAUCCAAGGGCCCAUUCACGUGUACGAAAUGAACAAAGUGCCACAGGAGCUGAUCGAUCGCAUCAGCAGCUACCUUCAGUACGAAGACCUGAAGCGCACGCUGUUUGUAUCCCGGAAAUUUCAACUUGCUGCAGAAGAGCAAUCUGGGGCAUUUGCGAAGCCUACUAUAACCGCAAACCCUGAAUCGGCAGCCCGGUUCCUCAACCUCUAUUCCGGACGCCGCUUUCAGUACCUGCGAUGUAUCAAAUUCAGAACAAGCUUUCCCUCGCUUCACUGGGACGAGAAAACCAUGAACGUAUUUGACGACAUGCCCUCUUGUCGAUACAGCUUAGACGAUCUCAAGCGCAUGGACCAGCACUUCACCAACCAGAUCUAUCUAUUGUUCUCAACGCUGGCAGCACUAGAAGGUUGCGCAACCAGCACGCAAGGCCACGCCGUGAAAAGUAUCCAGCUCACGAUAUAUACGCCGACAAGAGUCGUGGACCAGAACUGCUACUGCUGGCACCACACGUACAUCAGCUGGCGCGUCCAUCUACUAUCCCCGGCGACGUUGCCAGAAAUCAUGUCGGUGCGCUCUCUCAAGAUCAAGAAUGGAGCGAAUCUUAAUCCUCUUAAUGGCUAUCGCCAGCACCCGUCGGUGCGGAAGAUGGAUCUGCGUAUUCUUCUGGGCCUAACCCAAAAAUUCCCCAACCUGGAGCGACUCAAGUGCAGAGUCGGUGGUGACGAGUGGCCCUCUGAUCUUUGCGACAACCCUGGCAGACACUUCACGCAUGAUUGGGAAGGACCCCGCCGGGAUUCACGACGCGACUUUGCCAGAACAAUGGACUCCAUUACACUGCCAUCGCUACGAUAUGUCGAUCUCGAUUUCAUGAAUCCGUUAGGGUUUUCUAUGUACCUUGAUCAACGCCAGGCUAUGCCAAAUCUUGUCAUGCCUUCACAACAUGAUCCCUUCAGCGCCAGUUUGCGUGCGCUUUCGUAUCCGCUUCGGCGAAUGACCCUUCGGGUAAUGGCCGACGAAACGCUGUUCUGGCCCAGCGGGAAGACCUCAGCCCCACCUGUUUGGCCCAGGCUGGAGAGCCUCAGCGUCAUGUUUCACACAGCUACACCGUCCGGCAAGUGGUACUUCAGGGGGCUUUUCAACGAGGGUGCGGUGGGAGGCUUCGAAGUUACUGAUGACCAUUACCCGCCUUUAACGCAAACCACUGAAGAUGAAGAGAUGGAUGACCGUUACGAUUACAUCAAAUGGGACGAAACGGAGCUUGCUCAGUAUCGCCUGCUGCCCAAUGAAACACCGCUUGUCCCGCUUCUUACUGCAUUCGCCAAGGCAGCAGCGUACGGCAUGCCUUCGCUAAGAAAUGCUGCUCUGUGGUCCCCGCUCAAGUUGUCGGCUAAGGAUGUAUCCGCCUUUUAUGAGGACUACGAUGGCAGUGAUUUGGCAAAGUACCCUGAUCGAGAUCUAGCGUGGGGAAUAGCGUACGCGAGGCCAGGAGAAGAGGCGCUCACUAUGUACGAGAAAAAUAAUCACUGUCAAGUCCGCCAAAUAUGGUGGAUGGUGGGCAAUAGGUGGGAACCAGAUUUUGAGUUACAUGAUCUUUUCCGACGGAUCGGUCUCCAUGAGCAUGGAGAAGGUCUCAAGGAGCACUGGGAUGAUGACCAAUAUGGUCGCGGCUUGGUGGAGCAAUACGUCUUCGAGGCGUUUGAGGAACGGAUGGGCGCAAAUACCUCCGAGGCCUAACUGGAUUCGGGUCAGACUGAUUCUCAAUGAGAGUAGUGUAAUCAAUUAGCGCGGAU